AUGUGGCGCUGGCGCGUGCUACUCGCCGCCGCGCUUCUCGCGCCGUCCGCUUCUGCCUCCCUCUUCUUGGAGGAGAAGCGAGACGUACCAAGCGAUGUUAAUGAUUAUGAUUCACUUUUGAGGGCUCCACAGGAGGACUACAAUGAACGAUUGUGGGAGCAGCGGCUUUUGGAAGAAGAGAAUGCUAUGCAAGAUGAUGAGGCCUACCACCAGAAACUAUCCGAAAUUAUCGCUAGCUUGGCCGAGCAAGAAGCCGAGUCUCUGCCUGAACAGGAGCCCAUCGAGGCCGUCAAGCAGCAAGAGCAACAACAGCCCGAGCCGGAACCCAAUCAGCAGGGAGAGAAGGUCGAACAACAGCAGCUGGCUGAAGAAACACCUGUCGAAAAGCCGCAGAAGAAGGGCCAAAGCGAGUAUGUCUCGUUCGUUGAGCCAGAGGUUGUCUCGUACCGACAACGCGAUGUGCAGAGCCUUGAGAAGCGUCGGAUGGCCCAAUCCAUCCACGGCAACUCUUUCUCGCCUCGUGGUGACACCAACCUGACCAUGAUGGCUGUUGCCUGCGUGCUCGUCGUUGGCGUUGUUGGUGGAGCUGUUGGCGGUAUCUACUACAGGCGUCGCAAGGAGAACCCGGACGACAACGAAUAUGCGCCAUACGCCGGCACGGGACCUUUCAAGCGUGGAAAGCGCGGUGACAAGGGAGAUGAUGCCCUCGCCUACAAAGCUCAACUUCACCACUACCAACAGGCCAAGCAGAAGAUCAUUUGCGGUGACGAGGCCCCUGGCGUCGGCAUCGAAUCCGAAGACGAGGAGUGCGCCGACGACGAAAACAACUAUUCCGUCUACGAGUGCCCCGGAUUAGCCCCCACCGGUGAUAUUGAGAUCCACAACCCGAACUUCGGCCAACAG